AUGGUGCUUUGACGUAUGGGCGUGUGGUAAACGGUGGUUAAAGUAUGAUCAUUUAAAGGGAAAAGUCACCACUGGUCUUUUUACUUCCACCAUAUUUAAAGCAAUCUGAGAUCAUGGAGAUUUUAAUGACACCAGAGUACUAUGUGAUCGUAGAUGGGGAAUACACUUUGUGGUGUAGCCGUAUUGAUGGUAAACUGGAGCCUAGAAAAUUGUCAGAACUUCACGAGCUAACCGAUCCUGUUUGUUUGGGAACAAUAUAUGGAGUCAUUGGAAAAUUUCAAGCACAUCCAGAUUCAGACAAAAGACUGGUGGUUAUCAGGCAGCUUAGCCUGAUUGGCUGUCUCCCUGGAAACCAUGAGGUUUACAAGAUUAACAAGGUGACACUGAUUCCACUAUGCCAGCACGAAGCACCCGAUUUCGAUCUUGAGCCUUGCAAAAAGCACAAUCCAAACUAUCGACGUCCCGAACGCAGCCCAGCAUCUGAGUUCCAGCAAAAAGCCUUACAGAAGACCUGGAAUACAAUCAAAACCGCCACUUCUCAAGUCAAACCACGAAAAUCAUUCCAGAAAGAAAACAAGGAGAAAGAAAAGUACGAAAGGCGUGUUUUAGAUGAGCUUGCGAAGAUGUUUAAUGACACCGACUCCUUUUAUUUCUCCUUGUGUGGAGACCUCACGAAUUCCCUUCAAAGACAGCAUAAUCAAGCACACAAUUCAUCGUACAUCAUGAAUAUGCCACUCUGGAAACGUGUCGAUGACCGAUUCUUCUGGAACAAGGAGAUGCUAAGUGAUCUCAUUGAGCUAAAGGACCCCAGUGUCGACCACUGGAUACUGCCCAUUAUUCAGGGUUUUGUGCAAGUUGAACGCUGUUUCAUAGAUGCAGCUGAUGACAGCACACAUGAAGCCACACUCGGUCAUGACAGCUCUGGGGUUUGGUUUGAUGUGAAUCCUCCUGCACUACGUUCAGGGAAGGAGUACACCAUGACACUAAUAUCUCGUAGAAGCAAACAUCGUGCCGGAACUCGCUACAAACGACGAGGGGUGGACGAAAAUGGCAAAUGUGCAAACUAUGUUGAAACGGAGCAGAUAUUUGAACACGGCCACCACAUAGUAUCAUUUGUUCAAAUUCGUGGUUCAGUCCCAGUGUUCUGGAGUCAGCCUGGCUACAAGUACAGGCCUCCUCCUCGGCUUGAUCGAGAUGAAGAGGAAACUAACCAUGCGUUCGAGAAACACUUCACAGAACAACUGGCCAUAUAUGGCAGCCAAGUCAUAAUUAAUCUCGUGGAACAAAGUGGAAAGGAGAAAGUCAUCUCUGACACAUAUCUCAAUCAUGUCUUGAACUUUGACUGUCCAGAUCUGACAUAUGUAACAUUUGAUUUUCAUGAGUACUGUCGGGGCAUGCGGUUUGAAAACGUGUCCAUCCUCAUAGAAAACGUCAAGGACAUCAUACGUGACAUGCGCUACUGCUGGCUGGAUCAGCAAGGGUUGAUUUGUGACCAGAGAGGGGUGUUCAGAGUUAACUGCAUUGACUGCUUGGAUAGGACCAACAUUGUGCAAACUGCUAUUGCAAAAACAGCAAUGGAUACUCAGUUUAUCAGGCUUGGGUUACUUCCUCCAGAGGGUGUGCUGCCAACUGCCUGCAGACGUGUGUUUCAGAUGCUGUGGGCUAAUAAUGGGGAUAUAAUUAGUCGGCAGUAUGCAGGGACAGCAGCGCUGAAGGGAGAUUUUACACGUACGGGGUCUCGUCGUUUGGCCGGAAUGAUGAAAGACGGCUACAAUUCAGCAAACAGAUACUACGUAAACCGGUUUAAAGAUGCCUACAGACAAGCUACCAUCGAUAUCAUGCUCGGUAAUCCUGUAACGGAGGAUUUCAUGGCUGUGAGUCCCGAGCAAGAGGACAAUGACCCUGUCAUGGACAUCCAAGAUCAAGAACACCAUGAGCACGUGAAACAGCUAAUUGACCACUGCAAAAAAAUACUCAUUCCCGAAAGUGAAGUUGUGCUCGGUGGCUGGGCACUCAUUGAUGCGGACCCUGUGACUGGUGAUCCUGGCCAAAGUGAUAUGGAUUCUAUCCUGGUGCUAACAAAAGAUUCCUACUACGUAGCAGAGUACGACGAUCAAACUGACCGAAUAACAAAAUAUCAGAAAGUCUUCCUAGAAGAUCUUGAGAAGAUUGAAUUAGGGCCCGAGCCUUCCCUUUUCAAGUCAAAGCACUACUGUGUUCGGUUCCAUUACGUUGUGAAUGGUCAAACUGGGUAUUUCCACAUGUUUCGGUCAACGAACACACGCUUUUUCAAUAAUAUGGCCGUCCCUAUAAGUGGUGAGGAGGAGACAAUUGAAUCUCUUAAGGCGAUCUGUGAAUCUUUCAAAGUGGCACUGAGCGUUAAAUUGCUCAACGUGCCCAUGUUUGAGGGGAAGCUUGAAAGGCGCCGUAGCAAGCUGCCUUUUAUCCAGGGAAACCUAAGUGGCUUCCGCAACGGUGGGAGGCCGGGAGGCUUUGCACCGUUCCAGCUCGAGCUUCCUUGUUUGACAUCCAUGCCUCGAAAUAUUUCUGAAGGUCAGCUCAUGGCCUUUGUCAACGUUGGCUCGCGGGCUUUGAGUAACGUCACCUCCCAGUUUGCCAAGCUCAAUCCAAUCCGCGGUGUACGAGGCUUCAGCAAAAGACCUGGGAACGGAAACCUUGGUGCAGCAGCCACACUUGGAGUGGUCUCUGAAGCAUCGCCAGCGGUCCAACGAGCCUCUUUCCAAGUGGACAGCUCAUCUGACUCCGAAGAUGACUCCAUCCGAUGGCUCAAGAAACAUGGUUCUUCAAAUCUGCCUACUCACGUCAGUGACAGAACGCUGAGCUCAGAUUAUUCCGAAUGCAGUGACCUAGACGAUGUUUCUGAUGCCUUGGAUCACUCUGCCUCUGGCACUGCUCUUAACCAAGAUUCCUUGCUGGAAAGUUGUGGGAUCCUAGCUACCAGCCCUAGUUUAAAGAGUUCAGACGCAGAGCAGGGUGCUGACAGAGAGGACGAUUCGCAGCGAGGCCCUCGUAGCCAUAUAGAUGUGGAUGACUUUGUCAUAGAUGCUAUGAAACGCGCCUCACUUCGCCAGCACUUACGACAGCGCAUGGGGUCACAGGAAGGCUCACUAGACGCUCCACAAAUACAGAUCAGCAGCAGCGAGGUGUUACGGCCAGCAACAGAAGUGAGUAUCGCAUCCCGAUCUGUGACGCGCAAGCUCUCUCGGUCAUCCGAAGCUCUAGAUGUACGACCGUCGGUACCUAUAGCAUCUUCGUCUUGCGAAGUGUCGCACUUGCUAGUACAAGAAGAUUCUCCGCGCGAUGCAGAAGGACUGUCUGGCAAGAUGAAAAUGUCGCACAGCGAGAGUGCCAUCCAGGACUUUUCUCUCCCACCUGCUUUGGGCCUUCCCAACCCAUUGUCCUCGCCUAUAGUCAUAAAGAAGGAUCUUGUUCUCUCACCACUUUCACGCAUUGCCAAGGGCGUACAGAAUCUGGGCAUGAACUUGCGACCUGCCGCAAUUGGAGGGAGACGUCCGCAGCCGCCACAUGAAAGCGAGAGUCUCCGAGAAAGAAAGCAUGCUUGCCGCUCACGCAUUAUUGUGGUAUGAUCACUUAAUGCUGAAAUCGGAAAUAAUUUACCUUAAUUCUGACCCUAAUGACGAAAUGACAGAUGUUAUACAGCAAUUUAUCACACACUGCUGGCAUGGUGGCACGAUUACGGGUUCAGGUCCUAGCUUUAAAAUAUGAUGAGCGCAUUUUUGCAUGACCACACUGAAAAUGAAAAGUUCUUUACAGCCAUCUGUACUACUCCGUUAUUGGAUGGUAGGUAACUGCCAGGAGACCCAACAAUAUUAAAGAAACAUCGGCAAUGUUACUUUAGCUACAGCACAGCUGUGUCACUGUGUCGUCAUCGUCGUCCUGCAGCUCUCUGCUCUGCAGUAAGGGCAUGUGUUAGCAUCAGAAGUUAUAAUCUUGGAGAAUCCGCACUACAGUGCUCUGAGAAACAUUGUUCAGAUUGCUCGCUGGAUUAUGACUUUGCGAAUGCACACAUUUUCCAUUUCAGUGUCUACCACGUUUUAAAAAUGUUGGAGGAGAUUUUUUGUAGAUGCAUCAGAAACAAUCAUAUUGUUGGCCUCUGAAGAGUAAUACCCACUUCUCAGGAGAAGUAGACUAUUUUGUUGCCCGUUGAAUUCUUUUAGAUAUGUCAAAUUUGCAGCUCUUAUAUACUUAUUAGUAGCACAUCCCUAUGGAAACAAUAUAUGGUAGUAGUUGCAAUUCAGUGUUAUGGUUUCAAGUGAAAACAUUCCUAUGACUGCACAUGUCCAAGGGCCACCACAAAGUUUAUUGCAUUUGGUGUAUAUCUAACCGAGCACCCAGCAGCAUGGUUUAACUUGUGUACAUGGGCAGGCUGACGUUUUAAGUAGCCCUACUUGCAAUGUCUCCGAAGUUGGGAUCUUCAGAUGUACAUCUGUGUUAAGGAUAUUUUGUGAACACAUAUAAUAACUGUACUGCACAGAUGUAGAUCAUAUCUUGUACUACAGCUUUUGCAAUGCUGUAGCUGUUAAUGCAUAAGGUCAUCGUUUGACCUUCUCGAAAUAGCAUUGCCUUAUGGUUAUGAUAUAUGUAUCAACACUCCAAAACUUGUAAUGUUUUGUAUAGUUGGGGGAUGAAUGUUAAAUGUGUACAAGUAUGGCUUUAGGUGCCACUUGGAGGAACUGUAUAGGUGGUAUUCCCAAGAAUUCAUUGUACAAGUUUUCAAGCAUCACUGUAUGACUUUACACAGAAACUGAUGAUGUAUGAGCACACUUUUACUUUCCUCAUGUAAAUCUACUUCACAUUUUUUUACCUUUUUCUUUUCUUUUUGUUGGGGGUGUGGGGGGAUAGGAGCCUUAGUCACAGUAAUAGGCAACUUGAAUUCAUCUACGAAAAGUUUUCUUCCAAUAUCAUCUUUGAGAAUGGUUCCUACUUCUUUUGGUUAUGCUGUAAUAAUCAUGCACAGUCUAGUCAAGUCACUGAUUAAAUUGGUGCACAUGAAAACAAUUUCAAAAUAUUGUGAAUGAUCUGUAAAAAAGGAAACCACUUGUAAGCAUUCAUAUAUAUAUAUAUAUAUAUUUAUAAUACAUACCAUUAAAAUAACUGGCUUAAGAACCAUGAAGCAUUUAAUCACAUUAUUUGUUGAAGGUAUACUUAACGUAUUGCCAGACAUGCUUCUCUGUUAUGCUGUGUGACAAGCAAGCUAUCAGUGCUGCUGAAAUGUGCUCUGUGACAAAUCAUAAACUGCGUGUACUGGAGCUGUUAUUCUAUCAUGUGAUUAAGCUUAAUGCUUGUUAAUCACACACCAUAUUCAAAGUGAUUCUGAGUGAAAUCAGUUUAAGCAGUGAGAGUGAUAUACGCAUUCCAAAGUCUCUGAAGGCGACAUGUAAACUGUAGUGUAAAUCACUGGAAUACUUGAUAUACAAUCUGGACACUGCCAGGGUGUUUCCAGGGCACUGUGUUCACUAUUUAUUUUUUUGAAUACUCUGUCGUACCUCUAAUACUACAUUAUACUGCAGCAAGGUAGAAUGUUUGCCGACAUAUGCUUUAGUUGUCUUAUUGUUUUUCAUGUUACUGCCUAUUAUAUCUUUGAAUGAAUGGAUGAAUGUGUUUUGUGAAUUACAGAUGAUAUGUUCAAUGGGUAUUUAUAAAAAUAGGUGCAGGUCAUAUGUUGUGCAUGCUAGUAACAGUAUAUGUGGUAUAUAUGUACCAAAACAGGCACAUAGACUGAUAAUUUGCACUCUGCCACCACAAAGGAGCAAUAGCAGUCAUCAUAUGUGUGUGGUGUAUUGGGACAGUGGUAACGAAUAGAAAUUAGGCGAAGUUAUGUCUUCUGCUAGCACCAGUCAUGGAUAGCUAGGAAUAUUAUAAAUACUAUAUGACACAAUUAUGUUUGCACUUAUUGUUUACAAGUACAAUAAGGAUUAGUCCUUGAUAUUUUAUGCACUUGUGUCAUCAGUCAUAUCAUUAUUCAUAUGUGGUUUAGCUUUUUGAGUUAAAUGUUUCUCCAACUUUGGCAGGUAAAAGUUUUGGACAGCUUAGUCAUUCAGGUAUUAUCACUAAACAGUAAAAACUGUGUGAAAAAUUUUAGACAACAUAAGGUUGCACCUACAUUGUGCAUAUGUGGAGAAAUAUGUGUGUUUUGUACACAGGUUAAAUUGUAGACGUUGGUGUUGUACAGUGAAGUAGAAUUUUUUGUAGGAUACACCGCAGGUGCACAUAUGUUGCAAAAGGUGCUGCUUGUCAAUGGCAUUUAUGUACUGUUUUAGCGCAGCACAUUUUUAAAGUCAAACGAUAAUUUGGGGGAAAUUUGUGUAGCUCGACCAAACCAUUGAGGGGAUUCAGAGGGCUAAACGUUGGGCAGAAUCAGGAUUGACCUGAUUUACCACAUGUAAAUAUUAUAUGCACUUCUGUUAUUGCAGUAUAUAUUUAAAAGUAUUAUUUUUUGUUAUCACUGUGAUCUUUUCUCAUUCCCAUAUUUAUGAUAAAUGGUUUCAGCAUUGCAGCACAAAGAUUCCAAAUGCCUAAUAUAAAAAUCCAGACUGUAAAUAGUUUUGUUACAUGAAGAGAUGAUGUAUUUUCAGUCUCACUUGUCUGUAUUAACUGUUUUUGAUAGUUAUGUGAAACACAUGAAUGUAUUUCACAUAGCUGUGAAAUAUCUAGGUCAUAAUCUGAAAAGCAGUUCCUUUCUCCAUCGGAUGGUUGCAAACCUCAUCAACUGCAAUUUUUGAACAUCAAAUGCUCUCGUCUUACCAGUAUGAAAUGUUACAGAAGUAGAGCUACUGCAUCACCACGCUUCACAGGACAUAUGUAACAGUGCAAUGCAUAUUUUACCGCAAUGAAGAUGGCUGUACUUAAAUACUG